ACGAAGACUGCUUUGCUGCGUUUACGUAUUUUGCUCAAAUUCUUUGAUGUAUUUUGAUUUUAUUUGAUAACAUUGACUGAUUAAUAGUGGCCAAUAACUUAAUGAAUUAAUUACGAUUGUUGGAAUCUUCGCAAUAAAUCUGAAAGAGGUCAUAUAAGGCACUUCGUGCUUUUGUUGAUGUGUUGCAAGUGUAGCCAAUAUCCACUUGAGGCCGGGGGGAUGGUGAUGUUGAUGAUUGUGUUGUGAGCAGAGAAUCUAUCCUGCGGCAUCAUGCAUGAGCUCUUGAAGCACGUGCUGAACGAAAGAGACCUGACUCGGGCUGGCGACCUCUUUGCUAUCCCGGAUUCCGACAUAGUGGAUGACCUAAAUGAAGUUUUGAAGCAAAUACUAGAGAUAUCUUCACGCACUGACUAUGUGCGCAAUGACCGGGACCAGGCACUGAUAGAGAUAUGUGUGACUAGGGUGACAUCAUGCAUCAGAGAGACGGGGACUCUGGACAAGUACUAUGGAGCCCUGAUAUCAUUGUUGGAGUCUUGCCUCCACCACAAUCUGAUGCCACUGGGACACCUGAGAGACGACGACCCUCCACAUGCCAAGAUAGCUUCUGAUAUUAUUUCUUGCAUUGUUUUGGUAUCAUUCCCAGUGCAGGGGGACAAGGAGGACUAUGGCAACAAGAAUGUCAUGGAGCUGUUCCUGCCUGUAGCCGUACAGUUCUUGCACAAGGGCAACCGAGAGAUAUCCCGGCACAUGGCCCGCUACUUGUCCCUGGCUGCCGUCCACCAUGCGAUGCUGCUCAAACCCCAUGUACAGACUAUCAUGGAUUCUAUUAUGUCUGGGAACUACCCCCUAUGUCGCAUCUUGACGAACCUCUACGAGGUAUGUCCGGAGCCUCUGGAGGGCCACGCCGCAGCGCUAGUGUCCCUCCUGCCGCACGCAGAGCAAGUAGAGAAGAAUUCUCUGUUUACACUCUUUGAGCAAAUUGCUGUGAGAAGACCUGAAGCAUUGAAGAAUUGUAUACCACAGCUGUUGUCAUACCUGUGUCCUCACACUGCCAGCCAGACCGACCCAGGGUGCAUGUGCAUUGAUAUUCUACAGCUGCUAGUGUGCGUGAGCCGCAGCCAGCCGGCGCUGGUGAGCGCGCACGCGCCGGCGCUGCAGCGCGCCGCUCGCGCUCCGCACGCGGGCGCGCGCGCGCACACGCUCGUCGCCGCCGUCCUCACGCAGCGGGGCUUCACCAGUCGGGAGCGCGCGCAGGAGGCGCUGAACUUCAUCCUGGAGCGGCUGCCCGGCGCCGAGCGCGCGGCGCACGCGGCGCUGCGUCGCGACGCAACGGCGCUCUGCUGCGCCUACCCCGCGCUCUUCACGGAGCGGCUGCUGAGUGCCGUGCGCCCCAACCACAGCGAAGUAAACCAGACCCCGGGCGGCGUGACGAUAGUGAAGCUGACGGGCGCCCCGGCCUCCUCCCCCUCCCCCGCCCCGGCCCCGGCCCCGGCCGCCGCCCCCGCCCCUGUCCCCAGCGGGCCGGGGUACACGCGGCGGGCCAAGCUGGGGGACUCCCGCUCCACGGGCCGGCUGCAUCCCGGACCCAACUCGCACAGAAGCAUGACUAGACUCAACGUGGCUGGUGGGUCAGUGGGGGGCCUCCACAAGAGCAUGACGCGGCUGUCGUCGUCGCAACAGAUCAACUCCCAGCAGAACGGCGCUCAUCCCAACACUAUUGUAGCGGCCGCGAAGCCGGCGCCGGCGCCGGCGCCCAGCCCGGCCGCGUGGGCCGCGAAGUCGGCGGUCACCGUGACCACCACCCGCCGGCAUCAUCGCCAGAACAUCGUCGUCGCCGGUAACAACACUAGCACGGUGCCCGCAGCCCCGGGCCCGGCGCUGCAGACGCAGGCCAUCUCCGUGAACCCACUCCCGGGCAAGUCCUCGGAUGCCCUCGCGUCCUCCGUCUCCAUACAGCAGUCGUCGCUGGGCCACGUCACCAUCACAGCUGCGCCGGCGCCUAACAGUACCAACAAUAAUCCAGUUUCUAUAUCAGGUCCAGUAACAGUGACGUCACGGCGCGCCAACAAUACUAGCGUGACAAUGAUCAACUCGAGCAACUCGAACCCCAACCACCGGAUGUCCGUCUUCGAGCCCUACCCCAUGAGGGACACUGUGCAGCACUUCUGCGAGAAACACUUGGACAAGAUCAAGGCGUACAUGGACAACGUGUCGCUGAGGUUGCCCCCGCCUGCUAAGUGUACUAUCGAAGAGCGGCGGUCGAAGAAGCAGGCGCGACUGCAGUUCGCGUGCGGCCGCCGCGGGCCGCACUGCCUGUACGCGCGCGCGGCGUUCUCAUUGCGCACGCGCGCGCCGCGCGUCUGGAUACAUCUCAUGUUCCUGGCGCUGCAGGCGCGACACGACGCCGCGCUCUCCUCGCGCGACCCCUCCGUCGCCAGUCUCAAGCAUUGCUGGGACAUACUCAAGUGCGAGAACAAGACGUUUCUCACGCUGGUCACCAGCGCCUUUCCUGGAGUCAAAGAGCAGGAGAUGCUGCUGAAUGAGCUGCGCUCGGCGGGGUUCUUUGACGUGUUCGAGCUCAACUCUGACACCGCCACAUUGCCGCCCACGCAGGCGACGUGGGGUUGCUUCCUGUGCAACCACCCGGAGCGCGCGGUGGGGUUCCUGGCGGGCGGAGCCCCCGUCAUCGAGGGCCAGCUCAAGGAGAAGAAGGGCAGGUGGCGUCUCUUCCGCAGGUGGAGGACCCGCUACUUCACGCUCUCGGGCGCGCAUCUCUCGUGCAAGAGCGGCAGCGAAAGUAUCGACAUCAGCCAGAUCCGCUCAGUGAAGGUAUCCCGCGGCGCGCGCAACAUCCCCAAAGCCUUCGAGAUCUUCACCGGAGACCAGACCCUCAUCCUCAAGCCCACGGAUGGGAAAGACGCGGAGCAGUGGGCUCAGUGCCUCAGCAUCGCGGCGGCCCACUCCCACGCCAGGGACGCCCCGGCCAAAGCUAACUCCUUGCCCGCUAGAGGGCAAACGCUGAAAGGAUUCUAAAGGUACCUAACCUAUAUACUUUGAGUACCCAAUAUCCAUCUAGUUCGAAUCAAUUUCAACCUUAGCCACUUGUAAUAGAGUUCAAAGUUUAAAAGAAAGACUGGUAGAUUUGAACCUUAGUUAUUAGACAGAGUUCAGUAUGACAGAAAGUUUCGGCUAUUUAAAUGAGAUUUUAUCCAGGGUAUUCAUCGAGAUGCUUAAUUGCUUGUUCACGCCGCGCUUUGCCACUUUUAAUAAGUGACGGUUAAAGGACAACAUAUGUUAUGUGUAUUUGAAACCCUUAUCCGAUGACAUGAAAAUAAUAAAAAUUACGUGUUAUAAAUGUCUAAUUAUUACAAAUCGAAUUGCCUGCAAAAUAACGAGAUUAUUGCUAGAAGUUGUUCUCAUAAUAUAUUUAUAGGCUAACCUUUGCCAAACCAAGUAAUCAACAGAGCUAACGAGGUUAGAUUUAAUAGGUAUUUUAUAUUAACCUUUAUCCAACUUAUAGUCUUGACUGAAUUUUAAACAAGUUUAUAUAACCAAACGACUGACAAUUAAGACUUGUUAUUAUACAUUUGAUCAGUUUUGUAUAUUAGUUAACAUUUAGUGAUGUGCUAGUUGACAAUACUGCAACUAUAUAUUUUAUGUUGUGUAAUUUAUCCAGUUGAUGAAAACAUGUGUUUAUCAAUAUGAUAUAAGCAAGCAUAUAUUAAAAAAAUCACGAUUUUUUUUAAUAUGAAUCGAGUGAUAAGAUGAUCAAGAUUUCCUUAGAAAAUGAAAAAUCAUUUGUUUUUGGCAGUGUUUAAAAGAUUUUGCUAUUAUUAAAUGUAUUAUGUACUUCCCUGCUCAUAAAUAACAUGUGAUAAUGUCAAUCACAUUCCCCUAUAUAUAAAAUGUUUAUCGAUGUACUUAAUUUUUAUAUUAUAUAAAAAUAAGAAGAGUGUUGUGUAAAUAUUGUUUGCAUUUUAAAUUAUUGAUAUUUACGCAGACGCAAGUGCCUUAUUGUAUUAUUACAAUAAUAUUUAGGUCAGUAAGCAGUUCGCACGAGUUACAUAAAGUACAAUGAAUUCUUUAUAUGAGUUUAAGGUUUUUCAACACAAACACAAAUUGUCAUCAAUAGACUAUUUCCCCUCUUGAGUUUACAUCUGAUUAAUUUUGUAAGAAAACCAACGUUUUCAGGCGCGCAUUGUCUUAACAGCUUUAACAAUGAAAUUGCAUAUUACAUAUAUUUAUUUGUGUAGUAGGGUGUGAAUUUCACGAGCGGUUUGAACUCCGCCGCGGUCUGUCUGUAAUCAAUUUCAUUUCCCUGUUAUAUAAAUAAGUAUAGUACGCCACAAUGUUAAUUUUAUAAAUGUUUAAUUUAAAAAAAGAUUCUUUAUUCCAAAAAAAUUGUGACAGAUUUCUUUAAUGAAACCCUACACGCCCCGCGUUCAAACGCACGUGAAAUUCACCCAGUAAUGGUUUUAACAACACGUGAGCUCUUGAAGACUGAUGACUGGUCAAACUGAAUCCAGAGACCUUGUGAUUCUAAAUUAGCAUUCCCAUCUGUCCAACAGACACAAUUUUGGUAUUUAAAAAAUUAUGGUCUCAAAAAAUAUCAUUUAAAAUGGUUGUAUUUACAAGAAUGACAUUAUGCUUAAAGUUAUAAUGUAGAUUUUAAUGUAGUGACGUAAGUGUUCAUUAAAAAAUGGUUUAUUUACUUGUCAUUUUGCAUAAAGUUAAGCUUAAUGUAUACUGAUAUGAAGAAUUUGUAUGUUGUUUGAUCGCGCUAGUCUCUGGUACUAUUUGUAAAAUUAUUGUUAGUAUGAUACAUUGACGAGGAAGGCAAUCCUAGCAUUCUGAAAUUUCUACUAGAGCGAAGCCGCGAGGCACAGCUAGUAAUAAAGCACAAUUAUAUAAUGUAGUUUUGUUUUUAAAAGUAAAUGGUUGUGUACUUUUCGCUUUUAUUGCCAUGUCCUGUGUUCUGAGGACAUGUUCUCGAUUCCGCCCUCACCAAAUGCCUAGUGUUCAUUGGUUUAAUAUUAAGUUUUAAGUUUUUACACUUUUUUUGCGAGAUAUUUUAAAUUGCACUGCUUUGUUUAUUUUAUCGGGGAUGAUUCUAAAUGUGGCGUAAAGACGAGUAUAUGAAAAGUUGGCCAAAAAUAUAUGAAACAUGACUAUUUAGCGUUGUUGUUAAAUUGUCCCGCCAAAUCUAACGACUUCGACAAAAAUCUAUAUUUUGCUUGAGCGGAUUUAACGCGUAGGUGCUUUUAGGUUAAUAUUUAAUGCGUAUUUUGCACAUUUUAUUAUUGCCUGAUUUUAUUUUUUUUACUAUUGUGUAAUAAGAUACUGUUUUAGACGGAGUAUAUUUUAUAAUAUUUCAGCAAACUGUUCUUGAAUUGAAAAUCGCCUAGUGAAACAUUAAAAUUUUUUAAUUUCCUUUUAUGUAAAUAUAAUAAAUUUGAUUCAGUUUGUGAGCCAAUAUGUUAUUUUAUGAAUGUGUCAUUGUUAUUUGUGUAUUCACAAACACAUUACAUAAUAGUACGUCAAUCUUCCAGCCUGACAAUAAAUUUUGUCCUUUAAAUAUUUAAAAUUUGGCUUUUAUAUCAUUUGUUAAGCAUACAAAUGGCUCGAUAUAAUAUUAUUGUACAGAAGGAUAUUUAUAAAAUUUUAUACAUGUUGAUUAAGUUUAAGUUUAGAUUUAGUUUCAGAAACGUUAUUAAUAUGGUGCUACUUGAUAAUAUCUAUUAUAACAAUCACUAUAUUGUACUUUGGCCCAGUACUUAAUAUUGCUUAUUUAUUAUCAAAUAAAUCAGUCUGUUCAUGAA